GGGGAGCAUGUGUUGCAUAUUGCAUAAAGAAUACGGGCCCACAAAUUCUGUUUGGUCCUCACAAGUGUGGAUAUGAUGGAUCUAAUCAAAAGUGAGAACAGGGUGAGACUUCUAUUCCAAAGUAAGAGAACUAGGUUUAUAAUUAUUCCAAAAUCUGGCUUUGCUGGAGUGGUGAUGCGAGCAGCGGGGGCUGUGUUUGUGGCAGCGGCUCGGUAUUCAAUCACGGCACCGAACGUCGCGACGGCUGAAGCUUUGGCGUUGCUUCAUGAGUGUGAGAUGGGUGCCUCCUUGGGUCAUAGGUCGAUAAUCUUUGAAUUUGAUUCCCUUGAAUCCAUUUCUUGUUUAUUGGACUCGUUGGAAAAUGACAGUUGGGAGGCUUUUCCUAUCUUGGCGAAAGUUAAAGAUUUGGGGGAAUCCUUUCAGGACUGUCGCUGGUCUUGGAUUCCAAGAUCAGCCAAUAUAGCGGCGGAUUCUCUAGUGUCGGCAAGUAAUCUGAAGAUGUGCAAUGUUAUAUGGGUCGACCAACCCCCAUCUUCAUUGGUGCAUGUUCUGAACAAUGAUGGUAACCCUGUCCUAAAAAUUUUGCAGAGUUGCUGCUUUCCAUGGAGCAGAAAAUGAGAUUGAAUCGUUUCUCCAAAUUUGUGGGUAAAUGAUAAGGUGUCUGAACCUGUAAAUAUCUUAAAUGCUCUAUGUCCAAUAGGGAGGAUCACCUUCUAUAAAGUGCAUCCAUUUUCAUCUGUCUAAGCUUGUGUGUUAUUUUUCUAUUAGCAAAGAUUUCAUAAUUCUUAUUGGAAAUCUUUCUUCUUCUACUUUUGUCAUCUUUUUUAGGUGCGUUAUUGUGCCAU